AUGUUGUGCCUCCAUUGCGAAAGCGACGAAAACAACUUAUUUUUCUUUUCGGAUGGCGGUGAUGAUUUAUGUUACAGUGCUAAGCCAACUAUGGAUUUCACAGCUCACAAGGAUGCCAUUCGAGCAAGCGCUAUUUCUGCUCCCAAUGAAAGCCUUCUUCUGACCGGAGGAUAUGAUCACAAAGUAAAAUUAUGGGAUUGUCGGUGUGUAAACGAUGGUCCUACCGUGGAAGUGGAUGUCAACUUCCCUGUUGAAAGCGUUGUGUUUCUCAAUAAUGAGCAUUUGAUUGCCACUGCUGCUGGUCCCAUCGUCAGAAUUUGGGAUAUAGCCGCUGGAGGGAGGCAACUGAUGUCACUACAGCAGCAUCAUAAAACAGUCACUUCCCUUUGCUUAGCGAAAAAUGGUGAUGUAUUGUUAUCAGGUGGAAUCGACAGACGGGUUAACGCUUUCCGAUUGAUAGAUUUUACAUUGCUUCAUUCGAUGUCCAUGGCCGCACCAGUGUUGAGCCUAGCAAUAUCGCCGGAUGACCAGACAAUGGCUGUAGGCAUAGGUCAACUUCUGGCCAUUCACCGUCGAGCGCCGGAGUCUAAAGCUAUGGUAAGUGCACAAGUCGCUGACAAUCGCACAAUGGUCCGUACUGCUGCGCCCAAGGUGCGAGUGCAGGAGGCAGGAAAACCAAGAGAAACUAAGGAGAUUAGUGCAAAAUCUAGUGAUCAGCAUCGCUUGUCAAAGAUUGAUACACUUUUGAAAGGUUAUCAACACUCUGCUGCCAUCCGAAAGAUGUUUCAUUCUUAUUACUUUCACACCAAAAAAGAGGAGGUGGUAGCUUGGCUGCGAAUUAUCAUACAUAGAGGAGCAAUUCGACGUGCGAUCUCAGGGCAAGAAAAUGAUGUUCUUGUGAAUAUGCUCAAGUUUGUCCAUGUGCAGAUGUUCCGUGGAAGUCACUUUGAUGUGUUGCGACACGUUGUUGACGCUUUCUUCGAGGUGUAUGCUAACGAGGAGUUGCACCCAAAAGUGGCAAAACUAGCCCUGAGCCUGAAAACAGCUGUGGCAAAGGAACUAAUUGUUCAGAAUCAGCUUUCGCAAACUAUUGGAGCCUUGGAAUCUAUAAUGAACGCAGCACGGACGUCAACCUUGCAUUACGAGCCUCCUAAGAAACGGAACUGGUGGGUGUCUUUGAAAGGAGAAGAUGCAGAUUUUGUGGUUACGUACGAUGGUGAUUACGUAGCUGAUGACAGGGCAGAAGAUGAGAAAACCCGUUGUGGCAAUGUCUCCAGCUUUGCGAUAAUUGCUCUUCAGUGUGCAAUAUUUUUCAGCAUUGACUUGAUUGACCAAUCUGUGGAAAAUACAAUCAUUAAGAACAUUUUGUCCACAGCUCUACUCGGAAAAGUAGCCACAUCCUCAAAAUGUGUCAUUCCAAGAUGGUGGCAGAAAACGGUGACGAACAAAGGUAGUAAAUUUGGCAGUAAUGCUAGAAAUUAA